UCCCUUAAUUUCUUUCAUCACAAUCAAAAUUAAUACACCCCAAAAUAAAAUAAAUAUAUCCUAAUAAUAUGAAUAUUUCACCAAUUGAUCAUAAUUUCUCUUCUUUUUAUGAAACUUGGUUAAAACAACUAGAUAUUCAUCUUCAACAACUUGUUUUAGGUCAUCAACCCAAUUAUGACUCCAUUGUUGCAACCCUUAUAACUCACCAUAAAAACUUUUAUACUGCAAAAUGGGCCGCGGCCCAUCAAGAUAUCUUAGCCUUUUUCUCUCCUAAAUGGGCCAGCCCACUUGAGUUUUCUUUCACUUGGGUUACGGGUUGGAAGCCUUCUACAGUUUUCCGCCUUGUUGACUCGCUUCGUAAGACUCGGACUCCACUCACUAGUUUGAAUCAACUCAGUGAUGAACAGUGUAAAAAGAUUAAGGAGCUUGGAGUGAAGAUUAAGUUGGAGGAGCAAAGGGUUGAGAGAGAAUUGGAAAGAUUGCAGGUUUCAAUGGGGGAUUUGAAGAUGGUUGAGUUAACUCGGUUGGUGAGUCGAGUUAAUGAAGAUAGUGAUGAGUCGACUCGGAUUAAUGGGUUGGUAGAUAUAGCGCUUAAAGAGAAGUUAGAUGGAUUGGAAAAGGUAAUGAAAAUGGGUGAUUAUGUAAGGCUUAAGACAUUAAAAUGUGUUUUAGAUGUGUUUAGUUCAAGACAAGGUGUGGAUUUUUUGGCUGUUUUUGGUAUGAUUCAAAUCCAAAUUAGGAAAUGGGGGAAACAAAGAGAUGUUUUAAUUAGUAAUAAUCUUGAUGUUAAUACUAAUAUAGCUUAUCACACUUGAUAAGGCUAAUAAGGCUAGAGAAUCCCUACGGACAAGACAACGAUACAAGAAAGGAGGAAAGUAAUCCUUUGAUCAUAAGGUUUGAUUAUAAGUUAGUUUUGGUUUAAUUUUAGUCAAUAGUGUUAAUUUAGAUCUAGGUUUGGAUCUUAAUAUUAAAAAAUAAAAAAGGGUUUUGAUAUAGCAACUUAAGAGGUUUAGAACUUUCUUCAUUUUGUUUUUUUGCUUUAUGUAAUGAACUUAAGUUAAAAUCU